UCUCUCUAUCUGUCUUUCUCUCUUCAAGCAUUCAGAACGGGAGAACUGUUCAAAUGAAGAAACGAAUGCCUUGAACCAGACCAACUCUGAAAACCCAACUCUUUCCUUUUGUUCUUCUGUUGAAUCCUUCCUUAAAUUCUGAUCUGUACGGCCUUGAAUUGUUAAGACUUCUUCCUUAUUCUUUCUUCCAUGAAUCGUCGUUUGGGAGUUUUUCUCUUGUUGGGUCUCUUUUCAAUUGCUUCUGCGGAAGAGAAAUUUGACUCCCAACUUCUUCCUAGACCGUUAAUCCUCGAAUACCCUGAAACCCAUGAAAUCCAAUUGAAAGGAUCAGAAGAUGAUGAGCAGCAGUUACAGUGUACGAGCUGGAGGUUUGCAGUUGAAGCUAAUAACCUAAACCCAUGGAAGACGGUACCGCUCGAAUGUGCUGGCUAUGUGAAGGAUUACAUGACAAGCAAAGCUUACAGGUUUGAUCUUGAAAGGGUCUCCAUGGAGGCGGGUAGCUACGCGAGGAGCCUUCAGCUUGCUGGAGAUGGGAUGGAUGCCUGGGUUUUCGAUAUCGAUGAGACGCUGCUCUCAAAUAUUCCGUAUUAUUCCGACCAUGGGUUCGGUUUGGAGGUUUUUGAUUCGCGUGAGUUUGAUAAAUGGGUACAAAAUGCUGCUGCGCCUGCCAUAGAGUUAAGUUUGAAGUUGUAUGAUGAGGUCUUGGGAUUUGGAUUCAAGGUCUUCUUGUUGACAGGGAGGAGUGAAAGCCAGAGGACUGUUACUGUUGAGAAUUUAAGAAAUGCAGGAUUUCGGGAUUGGGACAAGCUUAUAUUAAGAGCCUUGGAGGACCAUGGAAAAACUGCAACUCUAUACAAGUCAGAGAAGAGGAGUGAGAUGGUGAAAGAAGGAUAUAGGAUUCUGGGGAACUCUGGAGACCAAUGGAGUGAUUUACUAGGUGAUUGCAUGUCAAAUCGUUCCUUCAAGCUUCCAAAUCCUAUGUACUAUAUUCCCUGACAGUUAUACUUCAUUGACAGCAGCAGCUGGUGUAAAACUUUUCAAUAUUUAUCAACAAAUUCGUUCUUGAAGUCAGCUAUCUGACUCCUGUCAAGUGUAAAUCCAAACACCAACAGAUCAUUGUGUAG